AUGCCGCUAUUCAAAUCCAGAAAGGCACCAUUAUCGUUAAAUUCUUUAUCGAAUGCUUUGAAAACUCAUGGGUCGAAAAGUUUGUCACCCGAAGAAAUAAAUCCCAAAACAAUAGAUGUUAAUGUGAUUAAUCAACUUGGAAUUCCACAAGAUUCCAUUGUUGCAGUAGCGUAUGAUCCGAUCCAGUCCUUACUUGCAAUUUCCACAACACACAACGACGUUCGGGUUUAUGGCCAAGUAAAUGUUGAGGUUGUUUUUGAGUUCAACAUUAAACACCCCAUAACAUUUCUCAGGUUCGUUAAAGGUGUGUACUUGCUAUGCGGAUCACCAGCAGCGGGCUUGACUAUUUUAUCACUAUAUUCAAAGAAAAUACUAGGGAAAACACUGUUCCCAGGAACAGUAACUACAUUUGAGACUGACCCAGCUUUGGACUGGCUAGUUGUUGGAUUGGCUAAUGGGAGUAUACUAUUCUACGACAUUGACAGAAUGAAUAUGACACCUUUUAGAAUUGAUAAUUUACAGAAACAAGUAAUGCCAAAGGAGAAGAUGUCACCAGUUGUUUCCAUCGAGUGGCAUCCGCGAGAUAUUGGAACAUUCUUGAUCACCUAUAAUCAGUGUGCAAUCGUGUACUCGCUAGUUUCAGCAGAGAUCAAAUGUGUUUUAAAGUAUGAACUUUCCAAACAGCAUAGGGCAUUUGGAUACAGCAUGCACAUUGUUAAUGGCGGUAAGAAGAAACUCUUUGGCAGUCAGAAAACUGUGCGUCCUUUUUUAACUGAGGCUCACUUUCAUCCAAACGGUUUGCAUGCAGUAACAGUUCAUAAUGACAAUUCUAUAGUGUUUUGGGAUCUUGAUGGAGGAGUAAUCCUUGAAGCAAGGACAUUAUUUGAGACACUGAUACACAAGGAAGGCAAUCCACUCGAGUUACCAGAGAUCUUCAAUCCAAUUGAGUCUGUAGCAUGGGUAUGCGGAGAAGAUCCAGAGAACACUAAAUUGUUAAUUAGCGGUGGAGACCCAAAAUCUUGUAAUCUGAUCCAUGUUUUAGAUUUUGGCUAUACAUUGAAGUACUCGUUGACUUCUUAUGAAACACAGGGUAAGUUUUAUGCAACGCCACAAAAUGGUGAACGUAAAAUACCAGUCAACUUUUACUUGAAUCGAACGGAAGUCGCAGAAGUAAUAAAAAUAAUUCAGCCAAUAACGAACAACGGGUCACCGUAUUUUCACGGCGGCCACAACCCGGCUCAUUUGUUGCUAGUCUCAAACUUGGGAAGAAUCUAUUUUGUACCUUUUGCAGCAACAGCAACCAAUUCUGGUGGCGCCAGUUCCUCAGACUUGGGAACAAUUAUAUUACCAACUUCUAUUUCAUUAAUUCACCCACCAAUGAGCUACAUUGAUGUUAAGCAAGUUGUCAGAUUGGACUGGUAUAGCAUUAUGUCUAGUAGAGUUUCUUCUGGUACCAACUCCAAAAUGGAGCCUUUGUUAAAAGGUGGUGCACCAACUUCCUUCAACAAUUUACCUAAACCUUUGGGAUAUAACGAUACUAAGAGAAACAUUAUGAUAACGGGUCACGAAAAUGGUCUAGUUAGGUUCAUAGACGUGACAAAAGGUGAGCAGCUGGGGACGGAGAGCAUUGUUCAAAUCAGCCUAAGGGAGUCGUUAUAUGACUAUGACAAUCCUAAUAAUCUCAGAGUAAUGCAAGUUUCUUGCUCUUUUUCAAACCGUCAAUUACUUGUUGGGUUGGCUACUGGUGAAGUGGUUAUUUGUAAGUUUGGCAAGUUUAAAGCUACAGGAAAUGGCUAUGCAAUAAACCAAGACUAUAGCUCGUGUCCUAUGCAGCAUUGUAAUGGAUCGGCUCUGAUUUUGGAUAUCACCAGUAGAAUACCAGGGUCAGUAGCGCUGUCAGCUACAUUCACCCCUAUUAAUUUGUUGCGCUUGGAUCCAUCGGAACAGAUAUCAGUAUUGUUGAUGAGCGAUGCUGGAUUUGCAGCAGUUGGAUACAAGUCAGGAAGGCUCGUUGUUUGUGAUAUUUCAAGAGGACCAGCGGUUAUAUUCAAUUUGGCUAACAUAAAAGAAAAUUUGGUUUCUGUUACGGGAAAUUGUUAUGUUACAUCUUUAGAGUUUACAAUAAUGGAAUAUGGUACCGAUGGUUACUCGUCUCUUAUACUAAUAGUUGGUACAAAUGGUGGUGGAAACUUGUUGUACUACAAAAUCAUGCCGAUGGGCAAUGGUGGUUUCCAAGUAGAGGUUGCAGAUAAAACCACCCACCUUAAUCAUAGAAGCUCCAAUGACGGCAAUCCUGAAGCUUCAAAAAUACUGCAAGUAUUGCCAAUAGAGUCUCAAUAUGGUUUAUCUGCUGUCGCAGAUCAAGAAAAGUUUAAUAGGUUGGUUGAGGGAAUACCAAUACCAGGUCUUGUCAUUACUGUAUCAGAUAGGGAUAUUCGCGUAAUCAAUAUACCAAAGGCCAAGCUAGCUCACAAAGUUAUGGAUGACUCAUGUUUGAAGGCAACAGUGGUGCAGUAUAAAGAUAAGGGAGUUGUUUUGGCGGUUUUGGUAAAGACCGGAUUUAUAAAAUUAGUUUCUUUACCAGCUCUUCAAGAUAUAGCCAAUAUCAAAUUACCCAAAGAAGUGUAUCUGAAGUUACAGGUAUCAUUAGAAUCAGGGACCGCGUCUCAAUCGGACUUGCUUCUGUCGGGUGAAAUGUUUUUGAGAUUAACUACAACAGAGUCAGUGUACAUAUUAGCAUAUGAAAAACUGCGUCAAAAGGGAGGUUUUGAGACGGAUACAUUGUUCAACCCGGAUUUAAUAAUUCCUCCACGGCCAGUUGCAAGCACUCUACUGUGGGCCAAGGGGCAAAUACGGUAUGUAAGUGUAAAAGACUUGACUUUGUUGAUAGCAGGACCUAAUCGAAAAGCACCAAAAACCGAGGAGUCCAAGCUAGCGCAUCAGAUCAGUCCCGAGGCAAAUCCACAAAACAACUAUGGUGGAUAUAAUCCAAAACCAAAAGCUGAGAGGGGAUAUAACGAGCCAGUGCGUAGAAGUACCGCAAAUCAAGGGUACGGGUUUGGAGGUCAAGGCUUGGUGAAAAGCUUGCAGGACGGUUUGCAAAGUGCAGAAGAAACAAUUAACGAUUAUGCGAAUAAUGCUACUGAGGCUUUUACCGAGGGCUAUGAGGAUCAGAAGAAAUCAUUCUACAGUUCCGCUUUAAAGAGUAAGUUUGGCUUUUAG